AUUAGGUUUAUAUGUAGCAGAGAUUGCUGCUGGUCUGCCAGUGUUCUUCUGCCUCCUGCCUAGUUUCCCUUCCAAUUCCACCGCAAUAGGCUGUAUUAAAUUUGUUUAUGAUUAAAUGCUUUAAUGUAUGUACAUGAUUAAUGGCUAUGGUUAUAUUUUCCCCACACUGGGAGAGAUGGUAACCACUGAAUCAUUUCUCUCCUUACAAGAAGAUUCAUUUAUCUUAUGACGCCAUAUGAUGGGUUCCAUUUCUUCUAUACAAAGUCAUAAUAAAAUAACUGUUCAUGGUGUAAUUAUACAAUAGUCACUCAAUACAGUGGUCCCUCGACUUACGAACUACUCAACAUCCGAAUUUUUCGACUUACGAAUGAAAAAAGUGGCCGCACGCUUAUGAAUUUUUCGACAUCCGAACGGAAAACUGUUGGCGGUUUUAGAUGCGGUUUCCUCGACUUACGAAUUUUUCCGAAUAUUUUUUUUCGAAAACUGCUUCUCCCAUGGCGCUUUGCGUAUGGGAGGCUUUAAAACCCCUGUGCCAUGCUUCCAGACCUCUGUGGGUUGUACGAGGCGUGGAGUGAGGAGGUGUGGAGCGGCGUUGGAGAGAGAGAGAUAUUUGGAGCCAGUUGGAGUUGCUUGGAGAGUGUUGGAGUUUCUUUUUCCUGCAAUUCUCUACUGCUGGAAAGUGUUUGUGGCGUCAUGGCACCAAAGAAGCCAGCAGAGUCUGGGAAGCGCAAGAGGGAGCUGAUUCUCUUGGAGGUCAAGCAGGACAUCAUCCGCAAGCAUGAGCAAGGCAUGCGAGUGGUGGACCUUGCAAGAGAGUACGGCAGGAGUGCUUCGACCAUUGAGACCAUCCUCAAGGACAAGGAGAGGAUUAUGGGUCGUGAGACAGCCAAGGGUGUCAUGAUCCUUACCAAGAACCGCCCUGCCAUCAUGGACGAGGUGGAGAAGUUGCUGCUGCUGUGGAUCCGCGAGAAGGAGCAUGCAGGGGACACUGUGACUUCGGCAGUCGUGUAUGCCAAGGCCAGGGCCUUGCAUGCUGACCUGAUCGCCCAACAGCCAGGAACUUCGCACGAAGAGUUCAAGGCAAGCCACGGGUGGUUUGAGAAAUUCAAGAUGAGGUCCGGUAUCCGCAGUGUCGUCCGGCAUGGAGAGGCUGCAAGUUCGGAUCUGGCUGCAGCGGAAGAAUUCGCCACGGAGUUCUUGGAGACUGUGACUGCUGAGGGCUACCUUCCGGAGCAGGUCUUCAAUUGUGAUGAGACCGGCCUCUUUUGGAAAAGGAUGCCAAGGAGGACCUUCAUCACAGGAGGAGACCAAGAUGCCUGGCCACAAGCCGAUGAAGGACCGCCUCACCCUCCUCUUCUGUGCAAACGCCAGGGGUGAUCUGAAGGUAAAGCCUCUGCUGGUUUACCAUUCGGAGAACCCUCAUGCUUUCAAGAAGCACAAAGUCAACAAGGAGAGGCUGAGCGUCAUGUGGCGGUCCAACGCCAAGGCCUGGGUCACACGGGUCCUGUUUGUGGACUGGGUGAACCAGGUGUUUGGUCCAACAGUGAGGAGGUACCUCCAGGAGAAGAACCUGCCCCUGAAGGCCAUCCUCUUGAUGGACAAUGCGCCUGCACAUCCUCCUGGGCUGGAAGAAGACUUGGCGGAGGAAUUCAAGUUCAUCCGAGUCAUCUUCCUGCCACCCAACACCACCCCACUCAUCCAGCCGAUAGACCAGCAACUGAUUGCCAACUUUAAGAAGUUGUACAUGAGGGAGCUGUUCCGGCGUUGCCUGGACAUGACGGAUGGGUCAGGCAUCAUUCUGGGUGACUACUGGAAGCACCAUUUCGAUAUCGUGAGCUGCCUGCAGCUCAUCAAAAUUGCGUGGGACAGUGUCAGCCAGAGGAACCUCAACAGUUGCUGGAAGAACUUGUGGGCAGCCUGCAUUGCCUCCACUGAAUCCAGCACACAGGAGCAGGCCGUGUUAGAGGAGAUCGUCUCCCUGGGGCAGACCAUGGGCCUGGAGGUUUCAACACAGGACGUGGAAGAAUUGGUCGAGGGACACAACCUUGAACUUUCCACCGAGGACCUGUUGAGCCUGCAGGAACAGGAGCAGCAAGGGGUGCAGCCAGACACACCUGAGGAGCAGGAGGAAGAGCCAAGGCAGUUGCCUUCGUCGUCUUAUAAGAGGGCCUGCGAACUGUGGGGAGAGCUGCAGACCUUUGUGAACGAUCUCAGUGAGGAUCAGGCUGCAGCCCAGGAAGCUGUGGAGCACUUUCAUAAUGUGGUCGUUGCCCCAUGGCGAGCAAUGCUUCGCAAGAGACAGAGGCAGCAGACCAUGGACCGGUUUGUGGUGAAGCAGGCAAGGCAGGAGAAAAUGUUGGCAGAGGCAUGUUGACUGUGCCUGCCUGCCUUUAAAGUGCCCUGAAGUGACCUGCAUCAGGUCCCCAAAAAAUGAUAAAGUGCUGUUGUAAAUGUUUAUUAUUGAAAAGUAAUGUUGCUGUGCAGUUUGCAUGCCUUUAAAGUGCACUUGAUAAAGAGUUUUGCACAAAAAACUGGG